AUGGUGAUGAUGAUGUGGAUGGUGAUGAUGAUGUGGAUGGUGAUGAUGAUGUGGGUGGUGGUGAUGAUGUGGGUGGUGAUGUGGAUGUGGGUGGGUGAUGUGGAUGUGGGUUUGGAUGAUGUGGAUGUGGGUUUGGAUGAUGUGGAUGUGGGUUUGGAUGAUGUGGAUGUGGGUUUGGAUGAUGUGGAUGUGGGUUUGGAUGAUGUGGAUGUGGGUUUGGAUGAUGUGGAUUUGGGUUUGGAUGAUGUGGAUGUGGGUUUGGAUGAUGUGGAUGUGGGUUUGGAUGAUGGGGAUGUGGGUUUGGAUGAUGGGGAUGUGGGUUUGGAUGAUGGGGAUGUGGGUUUGGAUGAUGGGGAUGUGGGUUUGGAUGAUGUGGAUGUGGGUUUGGAUGAUGUGGAUUUGGGUUUGGAUGAUGUGGAUGUGGGUUUGGAUGAUGUGGAUGUGGGUUUGGAUGAUGUGGAUGUGGGUUUGGAUGAUGUGGAUGUGGGUUUGGAUGAUGUGGAUGUGGGUUUGGAUGAUGUGGAUGUGGGUUUGGAUGAUGUGGAUGUGGGUUUGGAUGAUGUGGAUGUGGGUUUGGAUGAUGGGGAUGCGCGUUUGGAUGAUGGGGAUGCGCGUUUGGAUGAUGGGGUUGGUAAUGAUGAUGAUGAUGUGGAUUUGGAUGAUGAUGCCAGUGAUAAGCAGUGGUCGUGCAGGUGUCCUUAUGAUUGA